CACCCCAUCCGUAGCCGCCCGCGCCCUCAUUCCCAACAGGCCAACACGGCAGCACCAAAACGAAACCCUAAAUCCUCGUCCUCGUCCAGGCGACAGGCAAGGCCGCGGCACCCAGCACCGCGGCGGCGGACGGCCCAGCACGAGUAGAGCGCGGUGGACGCGGACCGGCGGACGGCCUCAGCACGAGUAGAGCGCGGUGGCGGCAGCAGCAGCAGACGGUCCAGCACGAGCAGAGCGCGGUGGCGGCGCCGACGGACGCCCCUAGCAGAGCGCGGCGGCGGGCAACACCCUUGUCAAGUUCUCCGACCAAGACAACGGCGGCGCGGACCGAGCAGUCCUCCAAUUUCUGACUUUCAUCAAGAAAGUGGUACCAUUAGUUGAUGAAGAGGCUGAAGAGACUAUUUUUGUGUUUGUCAAUCAAUGGAAAUUGAGUCAAGAUAUAUCAAAGCUCCAACAAUAGGUGGAACCGUCAAGCCUCUCUACACUAUCACUGCCUACUACUGCCAAUUUAAUCACCUUGAUUUUGAACUUUGAAGUCAAGGGAAGGUGGUGAACCAUCUUGGUUCCUUGGUUCUUCUGGCAACAGGUGUUGUCAACUUCAUAUCAGCAUUGGCAUUGUGUCUUGUUAGCAGUGAAGAAAAUGUUAUCUGUCUCCUAGGAUUUCGUUUUGAGGAAAGCCACACUGCCCUUUCCUGCAUCAUCAUGACGCUACCAGAUGAUUUGCUCAUCAGCAUCUUUCUCUUCCUCCCUCCACACCCCUCCUACCUCCUUCGUUCUUCCCUUGUAUGCAAGCAUUGGCACUCCCUCAUCGUCGACAAUCGGUUCCUCCAUCGCUUUCAGGCACUCCAUGGAUUACCUUUACUUGGUGUCUUCACCAACUCCACUCGCAUCCCUCGAUUUCUCCCUGCUGGGGAUCCUCCUAACCGUGUUGCUGCAGCAUCUUUCUCUCUACCUGAUCUUUACUGGAAUGUCCUUGGCUGCCGCCAUGGCCAUGUCCUCCUUGUUGAUUCAACAUGGCAUCAGGUCUUUGUGUGGAACCCUAUAAAUGGCCGCAAGCGCUUAAUACAAGCCCCAUCUGAUUUGGAUCCUCGUUUUAAUUAUGGGAAUGUGCCUGAAAGCAAUGCUGCUGUGGUUUGCGCAGCAAACCAUGCUGACCAUGGUUACUGCCACUCUUGUCCGUUUUUUGUAGUAUGGGUUUUCACCAGCACCCGCUAUGCUUAUGCCACUAGAUACUCAUCAGAGAGUGGCAGGUGGGACAUGAUGAAAUCUUCACCAAUACCAUCUGAUGUUGAUUUCAGGCCUAGCAUCCUUGUCAGGAAUAUCUUGUAUUGGCCGUUGAAGUCAAAGCAUAUCCUUGCAUUUGAGUUGGUCACACAUAGGUUAUAUCAUAUUGAGUGUCCACCAGAGACACAUGAUAUAUACAGGAGGAAUGUCCACAUCAUGAAAACAGAGGAUGGUGGUCUAGGUCUUGCUGCUCUGGCAAAAUUUAACCUGCGCCUGUGGGCAUGGGAAACUGAUGCUGAGGGUGUUACAGGAUGGGUACUGCGCCGGAUCAUUGAGUUGGAUAGAUUCCUGCCAUUGGAUGUAUCGUCUCUGCCCUCACCAGAAAAUGGUUCAUGUGGAAGGCCUCCUGUCAGGAUGUUGGGUCUUGUUGAGGAUGAUGAUUUGGUUUUCUUAUGGACAAUAACUGGGGUCUUUGCGGUUCAUCUCAAGUCAAUGAAGUUCAAAAAAGUGUUUGAGGCUGAUGUCUCCAAAACUGUUUAUCCCUACAAAGGUUUUCACAUUGCAGGUCUUGUUGGAUGUGGCGGUGGAAAUGUUGCAGCUGAAUAAUUGUAGACUGGUAUCUGCUGGCUUCCUUUCGUCAACUGGCAAGCAGAUAAUAGCAGAUGAUAUCUGCCGACUUCUGAUUGUCGUUCCUGCAUAAUAAAUUAUAAGCAGUGACCCAGUGACAUAAUGGUAAUCCUAAGAGGUGCCAACGUGAAUCUCUAGUUCUUUGGUUUCAUAUAUUUUGUUGUGUUGGUUGUGUAUCUACCUUAUUACGACUUGUAAGGAUCGUUUGGUGUUUAAGGUCGUAACGGCUUAAUGCUGUCGUGAUUCAUGUGGUCGUGGUCUUGGAUUAUUUGAAUAUUUAUCCUUGUGUUGUUUGUUGAGUGAGAGAAAUAGUCAUGGCUAUAUAUUCCGUCGGGCUGCUC